UCAUGCACGUUAUAUCCCGUCUGGGUUCUUCUGGCCACACACGUCCCUUACUAGCUUCCAGCUCGUUGACAAUUUCCGUCUUCACCUUGCUGUCUAGAGGAAGGGCCAGGUGGAGCUGUGAGCACGGACCGCACCUCCAUGGAUCCGCUCCAGAAGUGCAGCUCAACACUGAUUUCUGAAUCUUCCCCGAUGAUCUCUGAAGAGACCUCCCAGGAAGCCAUGGCAGCCUCCCCUCCUUCCUUCGCAGAACUGCUGAUGGUGGGCCUGGGUGAUCUCAAAACCAGUCCUGGCACCAAAUACCCCGCCCCUCUUCCAGAGGGGCUGCUCCAGCAGCGCUACAGAGAUGACAAAACCCUACAAGAGAGGCGGUGGGAAAGGUCAGCGUCGCCUCAGAGGAAGAAAACCCUUCUGGGGCACAUGAGACGGCGACACCUCGAUCAGGUGGCACCUUAUCGGGUUGAGAGGAAAGCCAGGAUCUCCUCCUCAGGCGAUAGAGAUCAGAACAGAUUCAGAUGCGAAUGUCGAUACUGCCAGAGCCAUAGGCCCCAUGUCUCUGGGACGCCUGCAGAGAGGAAAGGGGCCCCCCACGCUUCCUCCUGGGAGACGCUGGUGCAGGGCCUCAGCGGCCUGACCCUCAGCCUGGGCACCAGCCGGCCCGGCCUGCUGCCCGAAGGGGUGCUCCAGCAGCAGGAAAGAGACGAGGAGCUCCAACUGGAGAUGCAGCAGGAGAGCAAAAGAAUGUUUCAGAGGCUCCUAAAGCAGUGGUUGAAAGAAAACUGAGGCGCUCAUCCUCGCGUGACAGAGGUCUGAAUGGCUCCAGACGUGAUCCUCGGUGUGGAUUCCUUUGGGGGACCGGUGAGCAGCCGACAGAGAAGCGACAGGAGCAGCCUUGAUGACUGAAACUUCUAUCAGUGUGAGCCCUCGCCCAAUCCCGGGAAGGUCCUGUCUUUGCGACCUGGAAUUCAUGGAUCCCCAGAAAGUGGGGCUUUCUGUGGGACACCAUGUACCCCAGAGGUCCGUAACUUCUGUAUUACGGCUCCCGUGAUGCAUGUUGUCACCUUCCCACCCCAGACUCUGUCUCUCCUCCCCGCCUUGUUGUCAGUGCGGUAGAGAGCUUCCCUGUAGCAUGAAUGGCCUGUUGAUGGCCAUGUGCUUUUGUGCCAUUUCACAGACUGCCUCCCAGCAGCAGCACUGGUCUGCUGGAAUGGACGUGUGCUGAACAGAGAUCCACUUUCAAGAGACUGAUGCGAAACGAGGUGCAGAAAGGGACGUGGAACUGGAACUUGGUGGCUCACCAUUGUGCUGUGUGUGUAAGCCGUUAUGAACAUGCUGAGCUAAAUGUAGAUCAGUGUUUCCCUGCUUUAUAACACGGAUAGUAUUCCCCUCGAAGGAUUUUGUGACCCGUUACCUCACCAUCCUUGCCAAAUAAAUAUACGUAUAAAAAAACCCCUAA